CUAGCCUCGCGACACCCGGGAUUCUCAAACCUUGGAACUCAUUAAUUCGCAAACGUCUAAUACCACAAAUCUCUGUCUCCUCCUCAAACAUUUCUCUCGAUUCUUCACUCGACACAUUUCCAGACCCCCGGUAAUCCAGACCUUGUUUGUACUUAACGCGACUCAACCGACUUCCUGAUAUCCUCGAACAUUUGGUACCAUUGCUCGGCGCCAGCGAACUUCCUUCCAGCCCCUCGAGUGUCAGUUCUAACGUGACCUCGACGUAGGGAACAGCUCGAGGUAAGCGUUUCUUCCGAGACCUAAUGGUGCCACCCGAGAGCGGCGUCUUAUGGAACGCCUUGUACACACAACUCACCGGCGUCUCUCGCGAUGCUCCCUUUUCCUGGGCUGAUGUCGUCGGGGUCAAAGAGUCGGGUAACGUCCGGACGAAAUGGCACGGUGAGCUUCUUCGAGGUUUUCGCUCGCUCGCUCGUUCGCUCCUGGUGGGGUAAACCGCGAGCGGGACUCUUGGGAGCGACUCGAGGGUAUUUUCAUCGCGGCAGUGCAACACGUGCACCCGGUGCAGCCAGUGCACGCAUCCGCCUCGACUACUCGCCGGCAGCUCGCGCUACGAGACCCGUCGCCGCGGCUCCAGCCAGCCUUCCGGAAGAUGCGAGUCGCGAGAGGACUCGGUGAUCACUCGCUCGUGUCCGCCUCGUUGUUCGACUGAUCUCCUCGUGACCAAGCACAGCCGUUCCUCGGCGGAGAGAGCACCGUUGGCGGGAUGCGGGAGGCCGGAUGACGCCGCUCGUCCGCGAGACGGCAAUAUGGCGAAUAUCAAGGUGGCCGUGCGCGUGAGACCGAUAUCUGUUAGGGAAUCGAAGCUGACCGGGUCGCAGGUGGUGGUCCGCGCGGAGCCGAACGAGAUCUCCUUGACGAAUCUAAAAGUGUCGUCGAGCAAGGCCGGUGAUAGCCGCGAAAGGACGCGGAGGUAUGGUUUCGACUACUGCUUCGACUCGUCCGAUCCCGAAGCGAAGAAUUACGCGACGCAGGCGACGAUCUACCAGAGCCUCGGCCAGUCCAUCCUCGAUGCGAUGUUCGCCGGAUACAACUCCUGUCUGGUGGCUUACGGGCAGAGCGCGUCCGGCAAGACCUACACUAUGAUGGGCACGAAGGAGGAUCCAGGACUCAUUCCACGGUUAUGUGAAGGUCUUUUUUCACGGGUCGAGCAAGAAGACGGCCGCGAGAGGAUCUAUCACGUCACUAUUAGUUAUCUGGAGAUAUAUAACGAAAAGGUACGGGAUCUCCUCAAACCAUCGGCGACUGCGAGCGGGCUGAGAGUUCGGGAACACCCUCGACUAGGACCUUAUGUUCAAGGGUUGACGCACCACGUGGUCCGCACCCUGGGGUCGUUGAUGUCAUACGUGGAGGAGGGCACGAAGGCCAGGAAGACAGCGUCGACCCUCCAGAACCCCAGCAGCAGCCGUAGCCACGCGUUGCUCACCGUCGGCCUCUCGCAGGAGGCAGCCAACGGCGAGCGGACUCUCGGCGUCUGCAGGAGGCAGGACGCCGCUCCGCGCGGCGGCAGCAAGUUGCACCUGGUCGAUCUGGCGGGCAGCGAGAGCGCGGCCACCUGCGGCGGCGUUCAUCGACUGAAGGAGGGCAUGAAUAUCAACAAGAGCUUAGUGGCUUUGGGGAACGUGAUAUCCGCACUCGCCGAGAGAGGCUCGACCGGAAGCGGGCCGGGCAGAAGAUACAUCCCUUACAGAGAUUCCUCGCUUACUUGGCUGCUGAAGGAUGCACUCGGCGGAAAUGCUACCACCAUUAUGCUCGCCACGAUAUCUCCGGCGAGCGGAAGUUACAACGAGACCGCGCACACCCUGCGAUUCGCGCAAAGGGCGCAGAGCGUGGUCAACCGACCGGUGGUCAACGAGGAUCCCGUGGCGAGACUCAUCCGCGAGCUGAGGGACGAAGUCGCCAGACUGAAGUCCCUGUUACUCGAGAAGUUGCGCUGUACAUCGGAGGCUCUUACAGGCCACAUUUAG